GUUUGUAUACACCAUUUAAAAUAUUACUGCUUACUUUUUUACUCCUACGAAUACGAAUGGGCCUGGAUUUUUUUUAGUUAGGCUUGUUUAAAGGAAAUAGCGUACUUAGUUAUCUUUUACUUUGUACAAAUGGAAAGCAAAUAUUUUUUAAUCACAAGGUUGAAUUUUACGCAUGUGUCAGAUGACUUGUCAUGGUUUCCGGUUAACCGUUGUAAUUAUUUCUUCAUGAUAAUCGUCGUAGUUGCCUUUUUCAUCCCAUAUGUUCCUUGUGAGCAGGUUGUUACGCCUGAGGUGUCGAUUUAUGAUGAAACACCAGAUGCACUUACUGGCAGAGUUGUUUAUCUUGAGAAUAAAACCGUUUUAAUAAAUGGUUUGGUAGGGGAGAAAGUUAUUAUACAAUGUAAUGUUUUCAAUAUGCCUCGUGGAGCUAGGAUAUUUUGGCGGAGAGACAGUUUAUCUGGUGAUGAAGUUUCGGAAGUAAUUAAUGAUGGUCUUAUGUCUCGUGAUAUGUCCAGAUGGGAAAUUGGUCAAGGAAAACAGCAAGAUUCCGUUCGUUUAGAAAUAAUGUCUUUGGACAAAUCAUAUGAAGGUAAAUAUACAUGUGAAUGUCAGUACACUGGGUCUGUGGAACCAGCAAGAGUUCAUAGAAUUCUACGUGUGUUUGCGAAACCAAACAUAGUUCGACAUAUGUCAUCUUAUGAUACAGACGUAGAUUCUGGUGAUCCAGUGUCAUUGCACUGUAAUGCAGAUGGUAUUCCACCACCAUUUAUAUAUUGGAGACGUACAGCUGGAGCAAGCAGUAUUAUACGCAAUUUCGGUACUGUGAAAAGUGGAAAUGUAAUUAAAUUUGAUCAGGUUGAAGCUGAUGACGCCGGUGAGUAUAUGUGCUAUGCUGAAAAUUCCAUGGGUCGAGCACUUUGGCGAGUUCGAUUGCAAGUUAGGCAUGCACCAAUUGUUCGAAUAUUCCCCGUUGAACCAUUUCAAAAAUCUGGUUGUAAUCUACGACUAAUAUGUGUAAUCAAUGCUAAUCCACCAGUAGAACAACAUGCUUGUCGAUGGAUAUCAAAUCGAACAGGAACUAUUACUUCAGGAUCUGUUGGAACAAAAUUAACCUAUUUAAAUGCUGGUUUAAUUCGUGAUCUGGUGCUUGAUUUGACACCAAUAAAAACACUAGAUUUUGGUGAUCUUUACACGUGUACUGCAUCGAAUAGUUUAGGUACUAUUAGUGCCACUACAAUGAUUACAGAAUCCUUCGCAGAAGUACUACUUAUCAAUGGUAGACAUGCUUGUAAUCAUGCUGUAAAUUGGAUUCAUAUUAAUGCAUACUUAAUUAUAAGUAUUCAAUGUUUCAAUCUGCUUUUAAUAAAAUGAAUUAUUUUAAAACAAAAGAGAAUGUUAAUUUCUAUUUAUUCAUUUCAUAUAACCCUACUACUUACAAUACUACUAAUUAUUUUCAUUUCUUAUAACCCUACUACUUACUACUUACAAUACUAUUGCUAAUUAUUUUGUAUUUCGUAUGAUAUUUGUUUAUUAAUGUUGAUUAGUUGAUUAGUAAGUAGUAUCGUGAAGUUCAAGUAAAUUUUUUUUUCUACUACUUUAUUGACUAUGAGCUUUUUUAUGUCCGAAUCAUUGUACUAAACUUUUUCUACGGUUAUUUUUGUUGUCAAGGUUUAUUCAACAAUCUGUGUUUGUAAAUUUUUACGUAUUUAUGAAUUUGUAUGCCAAAUAUUACAUAACUCUGUAUAGGAUUUUUGUAUUUGUGAUCAAUAUUCUUGUGUAUGUGUGUGUGUGUGUGAAUAUGUUUUAACUAAACGUUUACAUAAAUUGAUUCGUAACUAUCUCU